AUGUACUUCACGAUCAAGCCGCAGCACGAGCGGAAGCAACCGCUAAAGGAGGACGAGCGCGCGCAGGGUUACACGCUCAUCCGUGAACACGGCCCCCGCAGCAAUAACAGAAACCAGUGCGUGGAAUGGGCUGACACAGAGGUCAACAGGGAGGGUUCGAAGAUAUUCGGAUGGCCUGCGUCCAAGGUGGAGACUGCGCUGCGCAAUUACCAGAAGGGCAGGACGAAUGCCAAACCGAUCUCGCGCUGGAGUUUGACGCUGAAGGACUUCUCUGGCUGGUUCCUCAAUGGCGCCCUCCGCCUUGGCACGCUCCACAUGCACGGGGUGCUGUGGGUCGGGAAGUCCAGAGUUGGCAAGAGCAACGGUUCGAAGACGCUUGCUUGGGUUCAUUCGGCGUACAGCAUACAGAAGAAGGGCACCGCCGAUGAGAUCGCUUUCCUGACGGUUAAGCAUAUGGAUUUCUUCAAGGGCGAGCCGACGACGGAGAUCCCCCCUGGCAUUUUCGACGACGGCCUGCUUCAGAAGGUAUCCGCUGACGUGCUCAAGGCUUUCUUGAACCCCAAGGAAGAGGACGCUCUGCUGUGGGCUCGGUGGGGCGGCUGCGCUUUCGAUCAAGGGUCGCGCAGACAGGCCGUCGCGAACCCCAUGCGACCGCGACGCGGAAAGGCGGCGCUGGAUGCCGCGACGCUAAACAAGUACGGCCUCGACCUGCUCAAGCGUAUCAUCGCGCCGUCUCUGGGGGAUGUCAGGACAGAGGGGGACUUCGACGCCAUCCUCGCCAGGGCGCACGUCAUCGCGGUGACGGACCUCGGCGUGCACUGGCGCGCGGCAUCCGCCAACCUGCAGGAUGGCGCAGAGUUCAUGCCGUGGCCCAACCCCAGGAGCCCCGACCUCUUCGUCAGCGAAGUGCGGGGCACGACGUCGCCAGCCAUCCGCCCGCCCCCCUCAGACUACGCCGAAAAGAUGGCUUGGUCGAUUGGGUACAUGAGCAAUGUGGUCGCGGGCCUUGACGUGCCCACUAUUGCGACUGUCCAUGUUGCUCCUAUCUUCGGCGAUGGCCCUGCGCGCGUUGUCUCCGCUGUCGGCAACGUUUCAGGGUUCGUUCCAGGCGCGGCCAGCGCUCCGCCAGCCGCCGCGGCCGCUUCGGCGUUUUCCCAGCCGCCAGCCGAAUUGUCCAAGGAGGAGGACGCGUUCGGCUUCGGCGGCGGAAUGGACGAACCGCCAGAAGACAGCUCGCGCGCCGCCAGCUCCGCGCAGCCCAACAUCGUUGGGCGUUGCGGCGAGCUCACCAAGGAGGACCAGGACGAGCAGCUCGCAAUUUUCAAGAGCCUCGCCAAGGCGCACCACGGUGCGUUCGAGGACUUGUCCUCGCCUCCGCCAGUGAAGAGGGCGAGGGGGCUCAUGAUGGGCUGCGGUGGUCCGUUGUCACCCGUGGAUGCCGAUGAGCAGAGGGCGAUCUUCGCUUCCAUUGCCGCCUCGGCCCACGGUGAAACGAUCGACGUCGAGGAUGACGACGGUCUGUCGGCAGAGCUCGCGCGCGUGCUUGACGAGGGGGAGCCGCCCUCUGAGUCGGCGACGGCGCGCCGCAGCGAGGCUGACUGA